UUAAACGCUAAAAAUUGGAUGAAGUUGGCGCCGCGCAUUUUCAAUCAAGAGCUAUUGUCGUUUUUGCUUUUUCCUUUUGGGUUCGUAGAGAGAAGAGGAGAAGGGAAUCCCAUCUGAAGUCGGCCGGCGGCUCCUCGCCCCUUCCUUCAAAACGUCAAGGAUUUACUCUGCUACUACCACUUCAAACCUAGUUCGUUUUUGGGAAGAAACAUCAUGCCGAGGGAGAUCAUCACCCUGCAAGUGGGCCAAUGCGGCAACCAGAUCGGGAUGGAGUUCUGGAAGCAGCUCUGCCUCGAGCACGGCAUUAGCAAAGAAGGCAUUCUUGAAGAUUUCGCUACUCAGGGAGGUGACCGAAAAGAUGUGUUUUUCUAUCAAGCGGACGACCAACAUUAUAUACCCCGAGCAUUGCUUAUGGAUUUGGAGCCUAGAGUGAUCAAUGGCAUCCAAAACAGUGAAUACAGGAAUCUGUACAAUCACGAGAAUAUAUUCAUAGCAGAUCAUGGAGGGGGUGCUGGAAAUAAUUGGGCAAGUGGAUAUCACCAGGGCAAGCAAUAUGAAGAGGAUCUAAUGGACAUGAUUGAUAGAGAGGCAGAUGGAAGUGAUAGUCUUGAGGGAUUUGUUCUAUGUCAUUCUAUUGCUGGGGGAACAGGCUCAGGCAUGGGUUCUUAUUUGUUGGAGACAUUGAAUGAUCGUUAUAGCAAAAAACUUGUUCAGACAUAUAGUGUUUUUCCAAACCAGAAUGAGACAAGUGAUGUGGUUGUUCAACCGUACAACUCCCUUCUAACACUCAAAAGAUUAACAUUGAAUGCAGAUUGCGUAGUUGUUCUUGAUAAUACUGCAUUAAAUAGAAUUGCUGUUGAGAGGCUGCAUAUCACAACUCCCACAUUUGCCCAAACAAAUUCUCUUGUGUCUACUGUCAUGUCAGCUAGUACAACCACCUUGCGCUAUCCAGGGUAUAUGAAUAAUGACUUGGUUGGCCUCCUUGCUUCAUUGAUCCCGACUCCUCGAUGCCACUUCCUGAUGACUGGAUAUACACCUCUCACAGUGGAGCGGCAGGCUAAUGUUAUCCGGAAAACAACCGUACUUGAUGUGAUGAGAAGACUUCUCCAGACAAAAAAUAUCAUGGUUUCCUCUUGUGCUCGGACCAAAGAAGCUAGCCAGGCAAAAUACAUAUCAAUUUUAAACAUCAUCCAGGGUGAGGUGGAUCCUACUCAGGUUCAUGAAAGUCUGCAAAGAAUACGUGAGAGGAAACUUGUUAACUUCAUUGAAUGGGGACCUGCUAGCAUUCAGGUUGCACUGUCCCGGAAAUCUCCUUAUGUCCAAACAGCUCACCGAGUGAGUGGACUCAUGCUUGCCAGUCACACGGGCAUUCGCCAUUUAUUCUCCAAGUGUUUAAGCCAAUACGACAAGCUGAGAAAGAGACAAGCUUUUCUUGAUAACUACAGAAAUUACCCUAUGUUUGCUGACAAUGAUCUUUCAGAGUUUGAUGAAUCUAGGGACAUCAUUGAUAGUCUUGUAGAUGAGUACAAGGCUUGUGAAUCACGGGAUUACAUAAAAUGGGGAAUGGAGGAUCCGGACCACCUCAUGUCUGGAGAAGGAAAUGCUUCCGGUACAGUGGAUCCCAAAUUAGCAAUCUGAUUGCCAUUUGCCUUUCUCAUAUGCUGCUCUACUUAUACAUUCUGGUUUGUUCUCUGUGUUGGAUUUUUUUUUUUUUUUAGCUCCACUCAAAUUUUUAAUAUGCAUAAAUCUCUCAAUGACAAAGCAUGAUUAUGGUUUCUGUAAUUUGCGCGGCGAAUGUAUUAAUUUAUAAUCAAUUCUAUUUCUGCUUGCCUGUAGUGACAGAUGCUGUCCUCUUUGAGUGACUGGUGUUUCUUUCAACCACUUUGUUAUUUCAUUUUGUUAUAAGGUUGGUUGAGAGCUUAUGUGUUGGGAAUUUUACUGCGUUCAAGCUAUGCUUUUGCUGCUGGUGUUGGUGGUGAUGGUAAGAUUGAGAGAGAGAAGGGUAGAAUGAGUUCCAGACACCUCUUUCUUGUUUCAUUGCACUAUUCUAGUUGUAUAUGAAAUUUGUUAUGUUAUGUUGUUUUGUGGAGUAAUGGGUGAAAAGCAACUCCAGCAUGAUUGAGAUUUCAUUUA